AUGGUAUCUAAAAACCUACUUCCACCAUUAACACUUUAUCGACAACUUCUAAGAGCACAUCGGAAACUUCCACCUUCUCUUCGUUUACUUGGAGAUGACUAUGUAAAAUCCGAAUUUAGACGACACCAAAAUAUAACAAAUCCUAUUCAUAUUGUGGGAUUUCUUAGUGAAUGGCAAUCAUAUUUGGAAGAAAUAAAACAACAAAGUAAACUUGAAUCAACCGAAGAAAUUAAGUUUGGAAAAAAGAUUGAAUUAGAGGAUUUAGAAAAGUUUAGUGAUCAACAACUUGGACAAUUAUAUGAAUUGAGAAAUGAAACUAAAGUUGUAAUCUCAAAACCCAAGAAAUCGGAAAAAAUUACUUAA